UUCCAUUUCACCCACAGACCGAAUCAAGCCAAACGCGGUUCCACGUGUGCACGUGUUCGACCCUAAAAUCAUGCAGGCACCAGUAGCGACUGCCGAUCCACAUCCCUGUCGCGAAUCUCUGCGACAGGAAAACAGCACCGACGAAGAAUCUACAAUUGAGACGAAAGCACCACCAACCAGUCGCAAAGAGCGCCGGAAGCAAAAGAAGAACGACAACAACAAGCGCACUGCAGAUAUUCUCACACCACCAUCCAGUGACGCCGAGUCCCAACCUCCUCAAACCAAAGCCUCGAAACUAAGCAAGACUCCACCGAACAAUCCACCGAACAAUCCACCGAAAAAUCGACCUGAGAACGCGCCUGCCGUUAUACCUCGUCCAAUGUCCGCUCCCCGAAAUGCUACUCAGAAGAUAUACCCACUUCUGGUUUGCUCGUUGGGGAAUCCGGGGUCCGCCUACGCAAAUACCCUCCACUCUGCCGGCCACAACGUAACUUCACACAUUGCCAAUGUCAAGAGAUAUCGGCCAUUCACAAAAGGUCUUAGCGGACUGGUCUCGCGUCCUGACAACACGGCAUACUCAUUUGGAAUAUUUCAGGGUUUCAGGAAGACGAAGGUUGAUGGACCACCAGAAGAGGACGACUGGACCUUCUGGCAGUCUACCACCUUGAUGAAUGUGUCGGGCCCAGCAGUGAAGAAAGCAUGGACAGAAUUCAGUCGGAAGGUCAAGGGCGAAGGCUCGGAACCAAGGUUGGUGAUUGUACAUGAUGAGUUGGAGGCGCCUCUGGGCAAGGUCAGCGUGAAAGCCGGGACUGGAAGCCCAAGGGGACACAAUGGGCUGAAGAGUGUCCAAGCGAGCAUGGGAUCAACAAAGUGGUGGCGGAUUGGGGUUGGCAUCGGCAGGCCCGAAAGUCGAGACGCCAAUGUCGUGUCACGGUAUGUGUUGAGGAAGAUGGAUAACAGAGAGAUGAUAGCCGUGGAGAACUCUUGCACCGCUGUAGUUGCACUACUGAGGGAGAUUGGGGAGGGGAAAAGGUAA